UCUUAAUAAUAAUUUCUGGUGCGAUGAACAUUAAAUUAUUUGGGAGGUCAAUUACCUCUAUAUUUUUAUUUGGGUAAAUUUUAUCUGAAAUACAGAUUAUGAUAUGCAAUCACGUACCAACAAAUGUGUAAUUCAUACCGCGUUCUCAUCAAGGAUUAUGGGAAAUAAUGUGCAGGAUCGCGUUAUGCAAUAAGGUACAAUCCAUUAUUAUCUAAUAAUGGAUGGUACCGUUCUAGAAUGAAACCUUCUCUAUGGAAACUACUUUUGGAACCGGUGAAACAACAAUGCUAUCAAUACUAACAUUGCUAUAUCUCACAACACUGACGAACUGUUUCGACCCCAAGCCAGAUAUAGGAAGACCUGUGGGGUUGGUUCCAGAUUGUCCAGGCGUCCAAAAGAACGCAACCAUCACCCCAGAGUCCCUCCCAGCGUUGCAAGUGUCAAUACAGAGGGUCACCCCCACAGGAGUGUAUCGACGAAACCUGCCUAUUUCAUCGGCGGUGAAAGCUAUAGUUAAUGAUAAGAAUUUUGAUCUCAAGAACAAGAAGACAGUCCUCUACGCAGUGGGAUUCUGGGACAGUUCCUUAUUCCCUCACAGUCAAGCGUUGGGCAAUGCGUACUCGAAAAGAGGCUAUAAUGUACUGGUCACAGACACACUACCAUUUUUGACGUAUAUUUAUCCGAAAUCAGUCCGUCUAGCUCGCGUGAUUGGACGAAAAUUCGGUGAACUCCUCGUCAAAUUAUCAGAGCAGGGGCUCCCGGCAGAAAAGCUCGAACUCGUAGGCAUGAGUUUAGGCGCUCAUAUUGUCAGCCAUGCUGCGAAAUACUAUUAUUCCGUAACAGGGUUAAAGCCCUAUCGAAUUACGGGAAUAGAUCCUGCUGGACCUUGUUAUCGAGGUCUGCCUAUAGAAGAAAAACUCUGGCGUACAGAUGCACAUCGUGUAGAUGUAUUACACACUAAUAUAGAUGGUUUUGGCAUAGCUGAACGUUUAGGACAUAUAGAUAUCUACGCGAAUGGUGGGGAAUACCAGCCCAGUGAUAUUCCAUACAUACCUUGCCUUGUUGUUUGCAGUCAUAUAAGGGCUUUAAUAUAUUGGUGGAUAGCGUUGGAAAACCCUAAAAAAUUCAUAGCUGUUAAAUGCGAUUCGAUUCAAGACGCGAGGUCAGCUAAUUGUUACAAUGGUACAGAGUUGAAUUAUCUAGGUUUGAAUACGGAUUUUAAAAAGGAGGGGAUCUACUAUUUACCGACGCAUAAUGAAUUCCCGUAUUAUAGAGGAAAGGAGGGGUUGAAACCUGAAAAUGAAAUAUAUUCGUCUACUAGUAGGAAAAUUAAUGCUGACGAUUAUUUUAGGACGUAAAAUUGUAUUGUAUUUAGGCUGGUUGCAGAGCUUGACCGACCAUCAGUGCGUACGUCAGUCGCGCUUGUCAUAUGUAUGGAAAUUCAUAAAACCGUUCAUAGCUAGACCGACCAUACGCACGCGUAUUGUCAUGCGCAUAGUGUCUGUCAUCUUCAUACAUUUUGUUGAUGCGUAUCGUCAGGACCGACGGUACGCACUGACGGUCGGUCAAGCUCUGCAUCCAGCCUAAGUAAUUGUUGCGGGUUAUGUAUUCGUAGGCCAUAUCGUUAAACAUUAACAUUAACUUAUAUAUUUUGUAUUAGCGUUCAAAUAUAUUUUUAUGUGUUGCUAAUAAUAUUAUGGUGUCUUUUAGAUCUAAAAUCUUUUGUAUUGUGAAUGCAAAAUUUACAAAAAAUACAUACUUAUUAAGUAACUUUAAGUCACGUACUGUUUUAUGAGUCGUAUUGCAAUAUUUUAUUUAUUUAUGAUAAAUAUUAAAAUCUAUAAUUUGUGAUAAUAGAAGAAAGUUUCUUUUUUAGCUCUAUAUGCGGGAUUCAAUACUAUGCUUGCCUUCACCAAUUUAACUGAUCUUAACAACGUCUAAAAUAGUUUUAUUCACUGCAGUAGAGCUUAUUUUAAUAGCUUAGCGAUGUAUUUAAUGAUCAAACAGUUUGUAAUGAAAAGAUAAAUUCAUUAGUGUUACCUGAUAGUCCAUAGAGUGGAGCAAAUCAAUGGAAUAGUGAUAAUAUUCAAUAAUUAAUAAUUUAUGUGUGUACAAUGAACUGCAUUUAUGAUUUAGAUUUACGCGUAUUAAGAUUUAUUUCAUAAUCGUGUAUAAGUUUACAUAUUAUAAAGUAAGGUGAAAUGUAUGUUGAGAGAAAUAGUAUAUUGAUGCCGUAAAUAUAUGGAAAAAGUAAAAUAUUAUCUAAAUUUUUUAAAACUCUUUUAUAUAAGCACCUCUCCAAUUU